AUGAGUCGUCACGAUCUAGAAAAGGGCAGUGGCUCAUUAUCCGCAACAACAUCAUCGUCAAAUCCAAACAUUGCCGUAUCACCUUCCCAUAACAACAACAUCUACCCAUCACAUUCAAAGGCUUUCAGCACCAAAGAAAAACAUCCUCAUGAUUCCGACUUUAUACAGGAUGACGACGAGAUAUUUCUCGUCGAUGGAGAUGCCGAGGAUGGUUCAGUAAACGAAAUCAAGCGUGGGUUAAAAGCCCGUCACGUGUCCAUGAUCGCUCUUGGUGGAACUAUCGGUACUGGUCUUUUCAUAUCAACAGGUAGUACAUUGGCCGAUGCCGGACCCGUUUUGUCGCUCAUUUCAUUCUUGUUUAUGACAUCAAUUGCAUUUUCAGUCACGCAAUCCUUGGGAGAAAUGGCAACGUUGAUUCCAGUAUCGGGUUCGUUUGCUCAAUUUGUUACUAGAUGGAUUUCAAAAUCGGCUGGUGCCGCCAAUGGUUGGUUAUAUUGGUUCAGUUGGGCCAUGACAUUUGCUCUUGAAUUGUCGGUUAUUGGACAGGUGAUUCAGUAUUGGACCGACGCUGUACCAUUGGCAGCUUGGAUCAGUAUCUUUUUUGUCAUUAUCACUGUGUUUAAUUUCUUCCCCGUCAAAUUUUACGGUGAGGUUGAAUUUUGGGUGGCGUCAAUCAAAGUGUUGGCUGUCUUUGGAUGGAUCAUUUAUGCAUUGUGUAUGGUUUGUGGUGCUGGAAAGACGGGGCCCGUUGGGUUUAGGUACUGGAGAAACGGAUACGCUUGGGGUCCUGGGAUUUUGGUCUCCGAUAAAGCCACCAGUAGGUUUCUCGGUUGGUUAUCAUCUUUGAUCAAUGCCGCAUUCACAUUCCAAGGUACUGAAUUGACGGGUAUUUCCGCUGGUGAGUCAGCCAAUCCACGCCGUACUGUUCCUCGUGCCAUCAAGAAGGUGUUGUUUCGUAUUUUGAUUUUCUACGUCUUGUGCAUGUUCUUCAUUGGUUUGCUUGUUCCCUAUAAUGAUCCUAAAUUAACUGGUGGUAGUUACACAUCAAACUCACCUUUUAUUAUCGCCAUGAACAACUCGGGAACUAAAGUGUUGCCCCACAUUUUCAACGCUGUUAUUGUAACCACAAUCAUAUCGGCCGCCAACUCCAAUGUUUAUUGUGGAUCGCGUAUUGUUUACGGGUUGGCUGAAUCUGGUGUUGCGCCCAAAUUCUUCCUCAAGACAAAUCGUGGUGGUGUGCCUUAUUUCGCCGUUAUGUUAACGGCUGCAUUUGGUGCAUUGGGAUACUUGGCCGUUUCCGACAGUGGAGAGAAUGCCUUUACGUGGUUAUUGAACAUGUCCUCGACAGCAGGAUUGAUCUGCUGGGGAUUCAUCUCCGCCAGUCAUAUCAGAUUUAUGAAUGUAUUGAAGAAACGGGGAAUUAGCCGUGAUUCCUUACCUUAUAAAGCCAUGUUUAUGCCCGUUGCCGGUUACUAUGCCUGUUUUUUCAUCUUUUUAAUCACCUUGAUUCAAGGGUUCCAGGCGUUCUUCAAUGGGUUCAAUGUUACUGAUUUCUUCACUGCCUAUAUCUCGGUUAUAUUUUUUGUUGUCUUGUGGAUUGGAUUCCAAUUAUUUUUCCAUGGUUUUAGUUUGAAGUGGGAGGAUUAUUUCGUGCCUUUGGAUGAAUGUGAUAUUGAUUCUGGAGUUAGGGAAGUUGAUGAGAUGGAGUGGGAGUCAACUGAGCCAAGCAACUUGUGGGAGAAAUUCUGGGAUAUUGUGGCAUAG